AUGUUACAAAUCAAAUGGUGUUGUUCAUUGUCAGGUUUAGGAAAUCCAUCGGAGAGUGUACCGAAACGUUCGUUUCCAGCUGCUCGAAGGACAUCAUUCCUGUGCUCGUCAUCCACCAGCUCGAACUCAUCAUCGUCACCAGUCUCAUCCAGAAACGAUGUUUAUCUUUCGCCAACCAAUCCGGCCCAUGUGGAAUCGUCGACACACACGUUGAACAAGCAGCAGUUGCGUACCGACGCGAAUCGUCUUCAGCGAGUGCCCUCAUCAAUUUUUAUACAAAUGUAUUGA